GGCGAAAACUAAAAGAUAUCUUUAGUGAAUGAGAAAAUGGAUCCACACUCUUGUCCGUGCACCAAAAGCGAGUUAGAUUUAUUCAGUACUGUUUCGACUCAACUAGCUAUUGACAAUACAUCAGAAGUUAUUGUUCAUCCUGUUGCAACCAUUUCGGAUAGUCGAGCACCAAUAGAAUUUUAUGUAUCCGGUUCUGGUGAAAAUUAUAUCGAUCUGCAUUCAAUUUAUCUACAUGUUCAAGCAAAAAUCGUAAAGAAAAACGGAACAGAUACUGCUGCAGAUGAAAAAGUUGCUCCUGUCAAUUAUUUUUUAAAUAGUUUGUUCUCUCAAUGUAGCGUAUUUCUAAACGACAAACAAAUAAUUUCACAAGUUAAUUAUCCAUACCGAGCAAUUUUGGAGGCCUUAUUAUUUUACUCAAAAGAAGCACAAGAAACUUUUUUAACAAGUGCGUUAUUUUUUAAAGAUACUGCACAACAUAUGGAUUCCAUAGAAGCAAAUAAUGAAGGAAUGGCUAAAAGAUUUAAUAUAAGUAAACAAAGUAGACUAAUAGAUUUAGUCGGACGGCUUCAUAUUGAUUUAUCACACCAACCUAAACUGUUAAUUAAUAAUGUUGAUUUACGAAUUAAAUUAGAAAGAUCGAAAGAUAAUUUUGCUUUAAUGGCAAAUAAUGAUAAUUAUAAAAUUAUUAUUAAAAAUGCAUCUCUAAAAAUUAAUAAAGUAGAUGUUAGUUCGUCAGUUCAAAUUGGAAUUGAAAAAGCAUUGCAAACAGGUAUUAUAAAAAUUCCAUUCCGCAGAACAGAUAUUAAAGUUUUUACUUUAAGUAGCGGAAUUCAGUCUACAAAUAUAUCAAAUGCUGUUAUCGGUCAGUUACCUUAUAGAAUUACUAUUGGUUUAGUUUCUAAUUCAGCAUUUAAUGGAAAUGUAAAAUACAAUCCUUUUAAUUUUAAAAAUUACAAUUUAAAUUAUAUAUGUUUAUUAAAAGACAAUCAAAUGAUUCCCCCAAAACCAUAUACUCCAGAUUAUACGAAUAAGAUAUAUGCAAGAAAUUUUAUAUCAUUAUUUGAAGAUAUAGGAUGCAUUAACCAUCAUAAAUUUACAAAUAUAUCUUAUGACGAUUAUAAAGAUGGAUAUACUUUAUAUUGUUUUGACCUUACUCCUGAUCAUUCUGCAUCAGAAUCACAUAUUAGUGUUAGUCAACAAGGAAACAUUUCAGUGGAAUUAAAAUUUUCAACCGCUAUAUUAGAAACUGUAAACGUUAUUUGUUUGCUGGAAUAUAAUAAUACUUUAGAAAUUGACCAUUCAAGAACUGUGUUUGUGGACUAUUAAUGAAUACCAUUACUUUAUGGAGACUGGCUUCGAGUGAUUCAAAAAUAAAAAGGACUUUUGAAGGUGUUUUCGCAUCUGAUGAUUUACCCGUUUGCAUUGCUAAUCGUAAAUCGUUUAUAAUUAAUUUAGAUGAAAAAAAUAAGCCAGGGAGUCAUUUGAUAUCGGUGUUCUUUACGGAAAAAACUUGUUUUUACUAUGAUAGCUAUGGAAUGAAACCGACAAAACCAAAAAUUAUAAAAUUUAUAAAACGAAAUUCUAAAAAUUGUUAUUGGAAUGAUAUAGUUCAUCAGAGUUUAUAUUCAACAACUUGUGGAUAUUUCUGUUUGUAUUUUCUAUAUAAAAUGAAUAGAAAU